AGUGGCGUCCCAGCCGGGGGUGCAGCCAGAGCCCGGGCCAGUCAUGGAGGAACAAGACCAAGACCUCCUGUAACUGAGAAGCCGCCAGGGUGGAUGCUGAGAAACAUAAGGCCUUUCAGUAGACAUCUAAAACUCUCAAAGACGGAACAUGGCUCGAAGAGAUAAGAAGAGGAGCUCCAAGAUGGUCUCAUCGCCCACGGUAAUCACAAGGAUGCAAGCAAUCAUGCAGAAGGAGAUGGUGCGAGAGUUCCUGGCCGAGUUCAUGAGCACGUAUGUCAUGAUGGUGUUUGGCCUUGGCUCCGUGGCCCAUAUGGUUCUAGGAGGUAAAUUUGGGAGCUUCCUCGGUGUCAACUUGGGUUUUGGCUUCGGAGUCACCAUGGGAGUGCACAUGGCAGGGAACAUCUCUGGGGCCCACAUGAAUGCAGCCUUGACCUUCACCAACUGUGCACUAGGCCGCAUGUCAUGGAAGAAGUUUCCUGUGUACAUCCUGGGUCAGUUUCUGGGUUCCUUCCUGGCUGCUGCCACCAUCUACUGCCUCUUCUACUCAGCCAUUAUCGAAUUUUCGGGCGGACAUCUGACAGUGACUGGCCCCAUAGCCACCGCUAGCAUUUUUGCCACCUACCUUCCUGACCACUCAACGCUGUGGAGAGGCUUCCUGGAUGAGGUGCUGGUGACAGGGUUGCUCCAGCUAUGUCUCUUCGCCAUCACGGACAAGGAGAACAACCCAGCACUGCAAGGGACGCAGGCCCUGGUGAUUGGCAUCCUCGUUGUUGUCAUUGGCAUAUCCCUGGGCAUGAAUACAGGAUAUGCCAUGAACCCAUCCCGGGACCUGCCCCCCCGCUUCUUCACUUACAUUGCUGGCUGGGGUAUACAGGUCUUCAGCUCGGGAGAGGCCCGGGACUGGUGGUGGGUGCCGGUGGUGGCACCGUUCCUAGGUGCCUACUUAGGUGGCAUCAUCUACUUGGUCUUCAUUGGCUCCACCAUCACACGGAGGCCCCACAUAUUGGAGGACUCCAUGAUGUCUGAAGACCGCAGAAUACCUGUGUUGCCCAAGACCAUGCCAAACCCAGCCAUGACAUCUCCCCUCACCCCUGUUUCUGUGUCUCCCACAGUCCAAACUGUCCCCCCCUUAAGUGACCCCAUCCUCCUAGAGCAAUUCUAAGAAAGAUUAUUUGUGACCCUAUCCCCCCACUCCAAUAAAGAAAGCCUUGUCCAACA